CAUGUCAAAUACAAAAAGAUCGUGGCACUAUCAUAUUACAAUUUAAAUUGUUUCCAUUUUCAAAAUCCAUUGCGCAUAUUUCUUAAUUUUAUGUUAUAUUAACAUAACUAUUAUCAAACGAUAUGCAUCUUAAAUCUCCUAAAAAGAAAAGCAACUGGCCCAAACUUUGUUAUUAUGGUAAACUCCAAUCACCGAUAAAUCUGGACUCAAGAUUUGCGUAUGCAAUCACCCUGCCACCGCUUAAGCUUGAAAAUUUUAAGAAGAUGAAAAAUUUACGUAUUUGUCACACAGGAACCUCUGUUUCAGUGAAUCCAGAUAUCUGCCCUUGCCUCAGACCCAAAAUAUCUGGGUGUGGUCUAAAUGGUGUUUUCUACUUAGAUCAUCUUUAUUUUCACUGGCCCUCGGAACAUUUUCUUGACGGAUUACAAUAUGAUUUGGAAGCUCAUUUUGUUUUUGUGAACGAGAAAUAUCAAAAUUUCAUUGAAGCUGUUAAGAAUCCCUUAGCAUUAACAGUAUUUACUGUUUUAUAUACGCAAACAACUUCUACAAGAUCUAAGAAUUUUUCAGUGUUAGCGAAUGCUAUAAAGGAAGUAUGGGAUAACCCCAAAAAAACUAUCGUUGCAAAAAACGAGUUGGAUUUUUUUCAGUUUCUACCAUAUGACCAUGAGAACUUUUACAAAUAUACAGGUUCACUAACUACUAAAACAGAAGGUUGCAUAGAAUAUGUAAAUUGGAUUGUUCUUAAAAACAUUGCAAAUAUAGGAAUUUUGGAUCUUAAGAACCUCUCCCAUAUUAUGGAUAGCCACGGAAAAAUUGUAACAGAAAACAACAGAGAACUUCAAGAUCUAAAUAACAGAAUUAUUUAUACACGCCUUAUUUUAUGAGAAAUUUGUUGCCAAAGCGAAUACUAUGCUUAUAUGUAUAAAACAUGUGUUGUUUUAAAUUUUAAAGAUUUUAAUUGAUAAUAAAUAAAUGUAAAAUAAACAAAAUAAGUUUAUAAAUAAUA